AUGAUUUGGCCCGCCCUACACAUAUUCGUAACGAGUUUCCUACCCGAAUCGCCUUUUUACGCGUACAAAUGCUACGGCGAUUCCGAAAAAGCGAAAUCAGCUAUACGUCGAAUCAAUGGCCAAGACUACGACGUGGAGUUGGACUACAUGGCACUCGAGAGAUACGUGUUCGAGUACGAGUGCAUGAUUGGUGACAAAAAAAACCGUUUGAUCCGUAGAAUCAUCGCCAUCGGCGUGAGACUUGUUGUACUACAACAGACUUGCGGUGCAAGUGCGGCGAUUUUUCAUGCAAAAUCGGUUAUAGGCGGAUUCGGUUUGACUACAGAAGUCGCAGGAUAUAGCGACGAACGCGUGUACGCCAACACGCAAACAUUUAUCACAAUCGUAUUCGCAGCUCAAGUCUUGUUGUGCCUUACCACAGUCGAGCUGGUCGAGUUUUUGGGCCGUAAGUUUAUGUUAAACGCGUCAGCCAUCGGUAUGGCAUUAUGUCUGGCGUCGAUGAUGCUUUACCAAUCAUUUUUUCCAACUACGGACAUCUGUACUUCAGCAAUCGAAUCGAACGAGUGGCACAAAUACGUGCCCAUCAUACUCGUGUGCCUUUACCUAUGCUCGUAUUCCAUAGGAUGGGGACCGAUCGUUGCGCUGGUUUACGCAGAAGUAGUUUAUUUCAACAAAUGGUUUUCAAGUCUGAUUUACGCCGGUGGCCAACUCGUCUUGUUCCUGGUGGCGUAUACGUUUUACGAUGCCAACGCUCUGCUGGGCUUCAACAAGUACGUCCUGUGUAUGUACACAGCGUCAUGCGUCCUUAGCAUCGUGUUCGUCCAUUUCUGCGUGCCAGAAACCCGAGCACUACCCUUGAACCGGGUGCUGCGUCGUCAAUCGUUGGAAAAUAAUUGUCUCGACACCAGAGAUAAAUGA